ACCUAAUAGUUAUAACCAUUCAAAUGUAAGAUGAUAAAACUUAAAGAACAAUGAAAUUGAGUUAUUUUAAGCUCUUUUCACUUUGUUCAUAAUUCGUUAUCAUCAAAACAUAAAGAUCAACAAUGCUUAGGUUAAUGCACGCAUUGUCAACAAAUGACUGGCAGAUAACAAUUGAAGGAUGACAAAUGGUUUACCAAUUGAUGCAGAAUUUAAGCAACAUUUUGCAACCUAGAAGCUGGCAAAAUAUCUUGAUAAUUAUUUUUCAGCCUAAAUAUUAUAAAACAUUGGCGCGUCUAUCAUAGCCAUAGAAUUGGAAUUAGGGGAUCUAAUCUCCUCCAGCUGGGUGAAUUUCUUAUCUGAUCCACUUGCUGAUGACAUUACUUUCCAAAUAAAGCAAGCAAAGUCACAAAUACUAUUUCCUUAUUCUCCUUCCACCUAUUCCCAUUAGCAUUACUUCAAUAACCAUGUAUUCCACCUCCCUAAAAGAAAACGAAAUAUUCGCCAACUUGCCAGAAACCAAGACCACUCCCCCAGCUUAUAAGGAACUAGCUAGCUUAGCAUUAUCUUGUCCAUACCAUUCACUUGAACACUUGACUUUGCCUGAGGUAGCUCUCAACCCUCUAUCCCUAUUAAUCAAUAAUGGCCUCAUGGACUACAAGGCAAAACAAGAAGUUUGAGGAGGCGUUGGCUUUAUUUGACAAGGAAACUCCUGACCGCUGGCAUAACAUUGCCAGGUGUGUAGGUGGAAAAUCAGCAGAGGAAGUGAGGAGACAUUAUGAGUUGCUUUUGAAGGAUAUCAUGCAAAUUGAAAAUGGCCAAGUACCUUUGCCCAAUUACAAAGCCGUUGGAAGCAAUAGCAGAGGUUAUGCCAAUGAACAAAGGCUUCUGAAGAACUUGAAGCUACAGUGAGAACAAAUUUGCAGCCAAUACUCAAUAACAUCACAAGUUCUCCACUAAAUGUGAAAGCAUAAGUUGUGAAUUCAUGUAUUAGUUUAUGAAGAAAGCAAAUGCAUAAUAUAUAGAUAUAAUGUCUGCUUCGAUUCACUUCUAUCUUUAGUGUAUUUUGUUCCUAAAAUCAAACUAAAAAUAGACGAUUCAAAAUAAGAACAGUUUAAUUACAUGAAUAAAACAGGAGAAGGU